UUUAAGCUGGAGGUAAGUGAAAUGUACAAGAAGGAAUUAGUCUUAAAUGUCCCCCCGCCCCCAACGCAAAUUGACGCGUUUAUUCAGAAGGUACACUUUCGAAAUGUUCACCGCCACGUUUGACACCACAGCAUCUUGUGUGUCAUGGACGUGAUUGAAGACAAUUUGACGCGACAGGUUGAUGAAAUAGAAGCUCUGACGGCAAUCUAUGGAGAUGACUGGCGUGUGGUGAACAGUACUUCCCGUAUUUACUCCAUCCAGAUUACAGACGGGCAAGAUGACCCGAAGUGGAAACUGGGCUUGCAAGUUCAAAUGCCAGAGGAUUAUCCAAGCAUAUCCCCGCCACAGUACCAGCUCAGUUGUCCCUGGAUAAGAGGAGAAGAGCGAACACAGAUUGAAAACCAAUUACAGGAAAUAUAUUUAGAUAACUUAGGUGAAUGCAUAAUUUUCAAAUGGGUAGAAGAAAUUCGAAAUAUCUUAGCACAAAAGACUGAUGAUUCUCCAAUUCACACGUACCCUGAUGUCCAGUUAAAGAAUGUUACUUUAGAAGAACCCGAAGAAACUAAGGAUUUCAACUUUGAUAUUGAAGCUGAUAUUGAAGAAGAUUUUGUGAAUACCAAAAAUGUAGGAGCUGUUGGAUGCCCUGUGAUACACCAUGGAGAACCUAUGACAGAGAAACGCAGCACGUUUCAGGCUCACCUAGCUCCUGUCACACACAAGUGCCAAGUGAACAUGGUUAUGGAAAAACUUCUUGAGAAUAAGAAAGUGGCAAAUGCAACCCAUAAUAUUAUGGCAUACCGGAUUCUACCCAGUGAUAGUAAUAUUGUAAUCCAGGGCUGUGACGAUGAUGGUGAAGUGCAUGCUGGCUCUCGGAUGCUCCACCUGCUCCAGAUAAUUGAGGCAACAAACCUUAUUGUGGUCAUCUCUCGCUGGUUUGGAGGGAUCCUCUUGGGACCAGACCGUUUCAAAUUCAUCAAUAAUUGCGCCAGGCAAAUCUGUGAUCAACAUGGUUAUAUCAAGGUAAAGCAGAAUGAAAAUAAGCAUUCACGAAAAUCAAAGAAGACAAAGUAAUGUUUUUUAACACAUUUUCAAGCCAACAGAAAAUGUGAGAAUUUUGAAUUCUUGUUUUCCUUUAUCUCCUCUUGGUUUCAUCAUACCAAUGCUAUCUGGCUGCCUUAAGUGAUAUCCAACCAUUUCAUGUGGAAAGGAAUCCUGUUUGUUUUGUUUUGUUUUUUUAAAUUUAUAAAAUAUAUAUUUUUACAAAUUUCAAGUGGUGCUCUUUCAAAUGGUACUGUUUUCUCUCUCUCUCAGAUUCUUUCCUAUUUUUCAACACAUAUCUACUGUUGAUGUAAAUCAACAUGUUUUGUUGGGCAGUGCCAACAUUUAAAAGGAAUGGCACCUACUUGAAUAUAAACUGUGGACAGGGAUGAAGUGUUUUGGCAUGGCUGAUUUGGUGCCACAUAUUUGGCUUUACCAAUUUGAUACUGACCGAUUCGUCAUCAGACGUUUUAAUGUUUCUAAUUCUCUGUUUAUGUAUAUGAAGAGAGAGAAAGUGUUUAUGUUGCGUUCAAUAAAUAUAUUGUAAAGUACCCCCUUCUCUCUAUAUAUAUGUGUGUGUAUAUUUCAGCACACAUUCAUUUGCCUCCAGUGCCAAAACGUAGUGUCACCAAAACCAGUUGGAUGUCUCUUCAGCUGCACCAAAUCACUGGUGUCCAAACAGCCAUGCCAAUCUCUUGUUCCAGCUCUGGACAUCUUAGUACAGUACACUGAUUCUACAGCUCGUUUGUAAAUAAAGAUAUGUACUUUGUAAAAAAAAAGAAAUGUAAAGAUCUUUAGAUUACUGUUCAGCUACGUUUAUGAUGCUAAGAACAUUAAGAAAACUGGUCUGUACUGUUUUCAGAACUGUGGGAACUAUUUACCUUUCAGGAAAACAACUAUUUUAUGAAUCAGCCAUAAAUAGAAGAGAAAACCUGUUUCAAUUUUCAUACUGGUAAUUUUUUUUCUUCUACCCCGUUAUCCCCAGGUUUCAUCCCUAUUUCUCAAUUCAUUUUAGUUUCCACAGAGUAACCCCUUACAGUGUACAGAUACUUAUGUUAUGCAAUUCUAUUCUAAAACAUCUGAAAAUGGAAAAGGAGUUCUAUUCUCUACCAAAGCAAUCACUCCAAAUUUAGGAGACACAAUUAUGCAAAAAUGGGAAAAAUUUGUAAAAAAUUAUUUCAAAAGAUAUUUAUUUGGGAAAAAAUAAAAAUAAAAUUCAGAUAGCUGCAUGUUUGAAUUCUGGGUAAAUAAACCAUAUUUUCUUGGAAUUCAUUAAUAAAAAAUCAAGAUUCUUUCCAAAAAA